CACCCAUUAGCUAGUAUUUGGUCUACAUCACUUCCAACUUGUUUGGACUAAUAAUUGCAUCAUCUCCACUACUUUCGUUCACAACGCCAUUAAUCGUAUUUCCUUGUUAAAAUCAAACAAUCACUAACAGGGCGGCGACCGCGACCAAGAGCAUCAAUCGUCCUAUAAGCUCGUCCCGUUAGCCUCUACAAUCAUUGCAAUUAAUUCAACUUGCCAAUUCGCUUUCACUGUCACAUUAAAUUGGCAACUCAGUCGCUUGCUGCAGGUCAUCUCGAACGUACUCAGUCGUGUUUGGCGGGCAAGUCAGGAGGCUCCCCAAGACUCUUUUGACGAAUGGAGAAUGGCUCUCACGUAGCGCAUUUAGUUCCCUCAUCUCGCACACGCACGACCUCUCGACGUCCGCGACUACGUACCCCUUCAUCACCGACUUCCUUGCUGGAUCGUAGGACAGCGCAUGGGACUGUUUUCACUUCCGAACUAGUCUUGCCGACAGACCAUCUGAUGUCUUUCUCAGAUGAUGUGUCUUCUAUCUGUGAGAUUUCCUCUACAACCGGGUCUCGUUCUACUCGGCAGUCACCACAGUUUGCCCGGCGGUUUGUGCCUCUCACACCCAUCAUCGCAUCCCCGUUGACCACUCCCGCGGCAAGCAUGACAACCAACGUUACCUUCAGCCUGAACUCCGACACAGAGGAUGAAACGGACGGAAAUUUUGCCCACAGCGAGCCUGCUGCACACGUAGAGAUAACUAUUCCAACCCCAACUUGGAUGGCCACACCUCCUACACCACCUCCAAAAUAUGCCCACAGAUCUUCUGCCUCUGUGUCCUUGCGACCACAUUCGUCUUUCGUGACUGCCUCCGCCUCUUUUCCGGACCCUACGUUUUCCAGCGUAUCCGAAGAGUCCUCGGAGCUGACUUUGAAGCGUCGAGCGUCACUUCCUCCCAUGUCUGUUUCCGAACCAUUUCCUGCCAUUCCUCCUACUGCACCGCCCUUGUCACUGACACCGCUACGAAACCACCACUCCAAGCGAGAGAAAAGAUCGUCCGGAAGUCCGCUACGUGUGAGUAUCACCGAAUACAGUGAGGAAUGGUCACAUCGAAACCGCAAACCAGCAUCUCAAGCAGCACUUCGGAAAAAACCACUGUUUCACAUGCCGCAGGACGGUUCAGAUAAAGAGGAUGACGCCAAGCUCAAGAAAUUGAUUGACUAUCGUAAGAAUCCACCUGAAGAGGAGGAUUCAAGCUCGGAAGCUGCCGAUCAUCCGCUUCAGGCGAAGGAUGAUCUCGUAGGAAGCAAAGACGACGUGAGAAAAUGUCAUGCACUCUUGGAGUUGCUCUCCACGGAAGUCGGAUACCUUUUUGAUCUUAAGGUUCUUGUUACAGUGUACCUUAGGCUCCUGCCCGGUCUGACGACUCGUCUACCACAUCCCCCCUCCUCUAGCCUUGGGAUGUCCCAUUUCUCCCGUACCACCUCUCCUGCCUUCAACCCACCUUCGUUGAACCCCGCUGUCCGCACACAAUCUGUUUACCACCUAUCGACCCCUGUGCCAUUCUCUCCCUGCGAAAACAUCCCCCCUGUCAUCAGUCGCCCACCAGCGCUGAUCGCUGCAACGAAGGAAAAGUCUCUGAUGCGGCACGUAUUCUCUCCUGUCGACCUUGACCUGAUAACUCGCAAUAUGGAGGAAAUUCUCAAGUUCCAUGAACAACUCGUUUGUGAACUAAGGGCACUCGUUUCCCCUCUCGGCUUCUCGAUGGUUCUCGAUGGGGCUAGUGGGGGCGUGACGAUAAUGCAGAAGGAGUAUACGCGCAAUUUGGAGACGUUACACUCAGCACUUGAUGCAGUCGCCACGAAAUUCAUUGAACGAGCACAUGAAUUUCAUUUGUACCAAUCGUUCUGCUCCGGACAUACUGAAGCAUUCGACCUUGUCCGAAAAGUCCAACAGGAGUUCCCAGCUGAAUGGGAGACGUUCGAGCAAUUAUGUGCCACCAUAGCUACUGAAAUGCACAUCGAUGGCUUGUUCCACUCUACCACCGACAAAGAAGCCGAAGAUGACGAUGCCGCAGACGGCACUCUUGGUGAAAACGAGUUGAUUGUGGGAAGGCGACGGCAUUCGUUUUCAUCAUUGGACGCGCCCAGUCGUCGGCACAGUAUUUCCCGCGUCAGUUCUAAUACCAACCUCAAGGCAUCUGUAACUAGUACAUCUGAAAGUGGGCACUCAGACCGGGGGCAAACUGGCAUAAAAUCGAAGCUCGCAUUCAUGGAUUAUCUCAUCAAACCUGUUCAACGCAUCUGCCGCUACCCCUUACUCCUUGAACAGCUCCUUGAUCAUCCACAAAGUGCAAGCGGCAGCGGCGGUUCACGCGAGUCAAGCUCCAUGUCUCACGCGGAAGGUGUAUCGCGCGAUACGGAGGUCAAUUUGGUACGAAGUGCGCUGAAUGUCAUGCGGGUCGUAGCCAGCUCUGUGGAUGAAGCACGACGCCAGCAGGAUAUAGCAAUCAAGUCCUCGCUCAUUGCCUCACGGAUAUCGCAAGGACUAGCCCUAGUAACGGCAUCUUACACUAGACCUGCAUCGCACAGUCUUUCUUUUGGUUUCCUGUCGUCCCUAGGCCCGUGUCAUCUCGCGGGAUCAUUGGAUGUGAUCUAUUACCACAGCCUCAAUGCCAGUAGCAAUGGCACAGUCAAAGCCAAGUAUCUUGGGGCUUUCCUGUACCCUGGGGGUUACAUCAUUCUUGCCAAAGUUCAUAAAGUAAGGACAUACGAGCCAAAACACUGGUUUUCGUUAGCGGGGUUUGACCUAGUCGACUCGACAAACGACGAAGCCCUAUUACCCAGUUGGUUUCGCCUUUCUGGGCGGGGUCACAUUUUUGAGUUCGCGGCGUCUUGUCGCCGCGAGAAGGAUGUCUGGAAGGCUGCUAUUCAUCAUGCCCUCGAACUUCCCGCUGCAUGGACGAGUGAACCGAUAUGCAGUUUUAGAGGUGAUUCUAAAGGAGAUUUCGUGUUGUCGCUGCUAGAUGAUGCGCCAUACGAAGUGAUCAGCCCUUUGCCCACUAUCCAGUCUAUUCCCGAGCUGGAUAAUGAAGCAGCAUCUAGCAGAGAAGAGAACCAUACACUCUCUGCCCGUUUCGAUCCGCCGAGAUCGGGUCGGGCGUCCUACAAAACUGACCCAUCUCAGAAAUCUGACUCUGGUCAUCAGCUUGGUCCCAGCCGUCGCUCGUCUACCAUAUCCAAUAGGACUUAUCUCAGCAUGUUGUCAGAGUCGGAUACGAUUCAUCUUGUGCGUGCCACUGCCCCUGCACGUGAGCAGGUCGAUCGUGGACUCCUUGACGUGUUCUCGGAGAGCUGUCUCUCCGCUCGCUGCUAUGCGCAUACCCACGAAGAAGAACUAUUUGAAGCAUCAAAGGUGUCACGGUCGUUUUCGAGGUCAAGCUCAGGAUUGACCAUGGCUGGCGCCAUGAGCGUAGCUGCAAAGAAUCGCUUGACUAAGCGAGAGAGUGUGCUUGUCCCCAGGAGAAAGAGUUACAUAGAUGGCUUUGGCGACAUCCCUGCCGUACCCAGCAUCCCACCAACCAAGCUGGCCAAACGCCGCCAACAAACGAAACUCAAGAUCGUUGCCGUUUCAAGGGCUGCGUCUCUGGACGACGAUGAAGUGAAGUUAGAGGGUGCCCCAGAGUCGCCUUCCCCUAUGUCACAGUGUUCCUCUGUGUCCGUUUCUACUCCAGGGUCACUCUCCGCCAGCCCUGUCGUCCCUGGGCCACUGUCAGGUGUGGUUCCUCGACCAGAGCUUGCAGCCCGAAAGGAAGCCUAUACGCCCAAGCGGAGCCGUUCUAUGGUCGAGAAUGUCCGAGUCCUCUUCUCGCGCUCUACAUCGCCAAUGCUUCCCCUGUCUUAUCAGCCAUCUGAAUCGAGUAGUGUAUCAACUACACCAAGCCUGCUCAAGUGGUGGUCGAAAGGCACGCUUCGAAGAAGGGUCCGAAGUGCGCCCGAUGUCCCACUCGAGGAGCUUCCCUCAGAUGCAUCAACCAAGUCUCUCAAUAAUCCAAUUCCAAACUUUCACCCAUCUUUGGCAUCCGCGGAUCGUCCAAUGUCUCAACCCGAUUUGAUGCGCUUAAGUCAGUUUCCACAAUCUGCCGCUGAUUCGUCUGUUGGGGAUUUUGGGGUUGGAACGUCAACUCCAGUGCGACUGAGGACGUUGUUUGGGUCGCCCAGUCUCCGCCGCCGCUCGACCACUGCGGCCUCAGUUUCAUCAUCCCCAGGUAGCCAGGAGGGAGGAUUUACUCCACGCACUGUGCGCAUGCGCCGCAAUCUUUCGUUUUUAUCACGACUCACUCCCAUGGCACCGGAUACUAUUAUGCAGAAUUCAUGAUCAUAAGACCACACCCCCAGGCUACCAUCGACUGACUUCAAUAUUGUACCACUAUUCAUCGUCGCAUAUCUUAUUUUUUACCAGCAUCGGUUCAUACAAUUCCUUUUAUUUCAUUCUUUUCAUUGUCCCAUGUCGUUAUGGUCAUUAUAUACCACAACAUACCAUACACGUAGGAAUACAAGUUUUGACUCUUUA